ACGGCCAUGGAGAAGUUGAAGAUCUUGUUUGCUGUUGUCCUGUCCCUGGGAACAGCCUCAGCAGCCUCUCUGGGUGUAGUGCACACAGAAGGUGGCAGUGUUCAGGGACAAAAUAUCCCCCUGGGUCUUUUCCGCUCGGUGGAUGUCUUCAAAGGAAUUCCUUUUGCUGCCAAGCCUGGAACACUUGAGAAACCCAAACCUCACCCUGGCUGGGACGGCAUACUGAAGGCAACAAAGUUUGCCAAGAGAUGUCUCCAGAUCAGUAUACUACAGACUUCAACUUUUGGCAGUGAAGACUGCCUCUACCUCAACAUCUGGGUUCCUCAUGGCCGACAUGUGUCAUCUAAUCUCCCGGUGAUGAUUUGGUUCUACGGAGGAGGCUUCAUGGUUGGUGGAUCAAUGGGCGCAAAUUUUCUCAACAACUAUCUGUACAGUGGUCAGGAAAUUGCAGACCAGGGCAAUGUUAUAGUGGUCUCAGUGGGCUAUCGUUUGGGAACCCUGGGCUUCCUCAGUACAGGAGACUCUGGCUUACCUGGAAACUAUGGUCUGUGGGACCAGCACUCUGCCAUAGCCUGGGUACACAGGAACAUUCGUUCGUUUGGAGGAGACCCCAACAACAUCACCCUCUUUGGAGAAUCUGCAGGUGGAGCUAGUGUCAGUUACCAGACACUCACUCCCCACAACAAAGGGCUGUUCAAGAGAGCCAUCUCCCAGAGUGGUGUUGCCUUCUGCCCCUGGGCUUUAAGCAGGGACCCACGCAAGGUUGCACUGGAGGUUGCUGAGAAGGUAGGCUGCCCCACUGAUGACAGAAUGGUGGCCUGUCUGAAAUCAACUAAUGCUGCGACUCUCGCCAUGGCUGCUCCAAAGAUAAAACAAGGCUCCCCAGACUCUCCGAUUGUGAAAAACCUGCUUCUGUCUCCUGUUGUUGAUGGAGACUUCCUCCCUGAUCAACCGAUCAACUUGUUCCACAACACUGCUGACAUUGACUACCUUGCAGGAGUUAAUGACAUGGAUGGGCACCUCCUCUCAUCAAAUGAUAUUCCUUCUUUCAAUGACAAGAAUCAGGAGAUCCUUAUAGAAGAUGUAAAGAGGCUGCUUGCUACUUAUACCAAAGAGAAUGGCCAAGCUGGUUUUGAGAUUGCCUUCGCUGAAUACUCGUCCAAUUGGGGAUCAACACCGAGCCAGGACACCAUUAAGAGAACGGCUGUGGACAUUGGGACUGACUCAAUGUUCCUGGCUCCUACACAGACUUCCCUUUUCCUUCAUGCUGCUUAUGCCACGUCUGGCCGCACCUACUCCUACUUGCUGUCUGAGCCCAGUCUAAUGGCUGGACCAGGCAAACCCUACCAUGACUGGGUGGGAGCCGACCAUGCUGAUGACCUGCAGUAUGUUUUCGGCAAACCCUUCACCACACCCAAGGCUUAUGGGGACAGACACAGGGACCUGUCUGGCUACAUGAUUGCCUACUGGACUAACUUUGCUAGAACUGGAAAUCCUAAUGAAGGAAACAUGAAGGUGCCUGUGACCUGGCCUGAAUUUACCAGAACUGGACAACAGUUCCUGAAUAUCAAUGCGAAGAUGAAUGAAAGUUCCAUUGAAAAAGAAAUGAGGCUACGUUUUGUUCGACUUUGGACCAGCACCCUUCCCAGUCUCCCAUCUUAUGGUGUCACAGAUACAGAAUGA